AUGCCAUUAACAAGUGACAUCACGCUCGACGCGUCCAAAUUCGCUCCCGAUGCCGGGCCAGCCAAGACGUAUGAGACCAACAAGGGGAUUCAGGACCUGAUGUCAAAGACGCCGUAUUGGUUCGAGGUUGGAGCACCGAAGUAUCGGGAGAUGCGGGAGAAGGGACAAACGGCCUUCCCAGCUCCCCGUCGUCUCCCUGAAGGCAAGAACAUUGAGAUCCCUUCGCGAGAGGCGGGGAGGAAUAUCCCAUGCCGAUUGAUGCUGCCCAGCAGCGGGACGGUAAAAGGGACGUACCUAUUCAUUCAUGGCGGAGGAUGGGUGCUCAUGAGCGAGAGUGAUUACGAUUUGUAUCUCAAAUUUGUAGCAGAUAAUUGUGAUUUGGCGGUCAUUUCUGUUGGAUACCGCCUUGCGCCGGAGCAUCCCUUUCCUCAGGGACCCGAAGACUGCAUCGAUGCUGCCGAGUAUCUUGUGGAUAAUUCUCAAGACAAGUUUGGCGGCGAGCUGAUGUUCAUUGGCGGCGAUUCUGCGGGCGGGCACCUCACUGCGGUUGCCGGACUCCAGCUUCUGAAGUCACGCCCUAACUUUAGCUUGAGAGGACUGGUCUAUCUCUACGGGGCCUUCAAUCUCGCUCACUGGUUCCCAUCGGUCGUGAAUUUCGAUAAGACUCUGAUAUUGGACCACAAAAUCAUGGGCGCCUUCUCAAAUGCUUUCCUACCGAACACCAGCGUCGAUGAUCGGACAAACCCGAUGGUCUCGCCGUUCUACGAAAAUCUACGAGGUUUGAAGCUGCCGCCUGCAUUAUUCAUGUGUGGAACGGAGGAUCCCCUUCUAGAUGAUACGGUGAUGAUGAGCGCGAAGUGGAUGAUGGCCGGUGCAGAAGGAAUAGUGAAAAUAUUCCCUGGCGCACCUCACGGCUUUAUUGCAUUCCCGCCGGAGCUGGUGGAAGCGUCCGCCCAGGGAAAGGAGUUUAUCAAGCAGUUUUUGCUGGAGAAGAUAGGCCAAUGA